AUGCUCUGGCCCCUGCUCGUUCUUUCACUCUUGCCCUUAUCAUUAGCGGCCGAAAAAUCAGCGCACGAGCAGCUGGUUGACCUCGCAGCAGCCGGAAAUGGCCUCAUACAGCUCAACGAACAGACUUAUGAUUUACUUGCCUCCCCAAGGCGCAACUGGUCGGCUGCCGUGCACUUUACUGCACUCAAUCCCCAGCGGCGCUGUGCUCCUUGCAAAGAGUUCGAACCAUCGUUCACUGCCGUAGCCAAAGCAUGGGCGAACGCUCCGAAAGAACAUCGGGACAAGCACUUCUUCGCUACUCUUGACUUCGAUGAUGGGCACGCUGUCUUCCAAAAGCUUGGCAUGGCUUCCGCGCCAGGUGUUCACGUGUAUCCCCCGACCGAAGGACCAGACGCGUCUGCAAAAAAGGCCCCCUUCAAAUACGAUUUCCAAAAUGGUUUCGAAGCUGGACCCCUCGCUGAGCAACUCUCUGUUCACACCCCAAUCCCUAUCCCAUACAAGGCUCCCUUUGACUGGGCGCGCGCGGGCAGCAUCGUUUCACUCAUUCCAAUCAUUAGCCUUAUCUUCCGCUUUAUCAAACCAGUACUACAAAACCGCUGGGUCUGGGCCACUGGCACAAUCGCUACCUCUCUAAUCAUGACCUCUGGCUACAUGUUCACUCGCAUCAGAGGUGCACCCUAUACUGGCCCUAACGGCGCUUGGAUCGCUCAAGGCUACCAAAAUCAGUAUGGACAAGAAGUUCAAGUCAUCGCCAUGGUUUAUGGAAUCUUGGCUGGAUCCUUCUUGAUGUUGAUUGUCGUCACACCGCGCCAAUUGUCGGCCACCCGUCAAAGAACCCAGGCAUACCUCUGGACUGCAGUAAACUUCCUCAUGUUCAGCAUUUUAGUAUCGCUGUUCCGCAUCAAAAACCCAGGCUAUCCAUUCAAGCUCAUUCUAUAG